AUGGAUUCCUCCGCUGGCCCCUCAAUCCUUCCCGCAGGUUCCACAGCCUGUGAUGGGGGCAAUUCCACUGCAGCGCCGUCAGCGGCAGCAGCAGCAGCGGCAGCAGCAGCAGCGGCAGCAGCAGCAGCAGCGACGGCGGCAGCAGCAGGAGCUGAGAUGGCAGCAGUGAUCGCACCAGCGGCAGAAACUGCAGCCUCAGCCGGAACUGCAGCAGCAGCAGCAGCAGGAGCUGCAGCAGGACCUGCAGCAGCAGCAGGAGCUGCAGCAGGGCCUGCAGCAGCAGCUGCAGCAGCUGCUGCUGCAGCUCUUGCAGCAACAGCAGCAGCAACAUUCCCCCUAUCUGGCCUGCUGCUCUUCAACUGGCUCACAGCUCACUUCCGCUGUAGGCUCUUUGCUGACAGCAGCCGCGCCAUUCGACUUUUGCCGCAGCAGCUCUUCAGAGUGCAUCCCUCGCCUCUCGUGGCGCGGCUCAUGCAGCAGCAGCAGCAGCAGCAGCAGCAGAAGCAGCAGCAGCAGCAGCAGCACACGUGCCUUUGUUUGCAGCAAACUGCACUGCAGCAGCAGGCGCCCACAAACCUGGAGGGGGCAGGCCUCUCUAGCCAUGGGCAAAACGGCCAUCAGGAUAAAUGCGGCGCGCUGCCCUCUAGCAGCAGCAGCAGCAGCAACAGCAGCAGCAGCAGCAGCAGCAGCAGCAGCAGCAGCAGCAGCUCCUGCGUUUGCGAGUCUUUAAGGGGCUUCCGAGGGGCUGCUUGGAGCUGCGGCCUCGGGGACUCGCCAGAAUACUCUGGGGGCCCCGGGGGCCCCCGCUGCUCCCUGGACAGCUUUUGCUGCUCUUACGCAUUUGCUGUCUCCCCGGAGGGCACUUGCGAUAUAUUCCCCUUGAUGCAGCAGCAGAGCGAUGGCAAGCAGCAGCAGCAGCAGCAGCAGCAGCAGCAGCAAGGGCAGCAGCAGCAGGAGCCGCGUGCUGCAGCGGAUGGCCUUCUUCCUCCACCUGCAGGGCACGCGAGACUUUCAGUAGACGGCGGCUGUGAAGGGGCUCUUUUGUCGCUGCAGCAGCAGCUGCUUGCUGCUCAGCAGCGGCUUGCUGCUGCAGCAGAGAAGCAGCAGCAGCAACAGCAGCAGCAGCAGCAGCCGCACGGGAUGUGCGCUGAAGCCGGCGCUGCUCUUCCCUUUGAGAUUCAGGAAAGUUCCCUGGCGGCUGUCAGGGAGCUCUUUUACUUCUUAUGGGGCCCCGCAGACAGCUGCCUGGCUGUGGACGCAGCAGCCUGCGACUUUGCGCACUGGCGGCUUUCGCUGAACUUCUGCAGCAAAUGUCCCAGGGCGAAGCCGCUGGUGCUUGAAGAGGCAAUAAACCUCACCCCCAGCAGCAGCAGCAGCAGCAGCAGCAGCAGCAGCAGCAGCAAGGAUUCAGGGCCGAGGAGCCACGAACAGGCGGAAGCAGCAGACAGGAGCUUUGCUGCUGUUGCUGCAACUUGCAGGUGCUGCUGCUUGCGCUGCUGCUGCAUCCGAGUGCCUCCGGUGGCUCUGGAAGCUGUGGCUCGCGACGACUUCCGCCUCCCCCCAGAGUGCAGCAGCAGCAGCAGCAGCAGCAGCAGCAGCAGCAGCAGCAGCAAGCGGGCUUCUUCUAACCGGCUGCUGCGCUGCACAGAGGAUUGGAGGUCUCCCGAGCCUUCUAGCGAUGAUGGCUCGUGGCUUUCAGAGCUGCCCUCUUCUCCCAGCACCCCCCCGCUCUCCCCGCCUGGUGCAGCAGCAGCAGACUCCCCGGAAGCAGCAGCAGCAGAUUCCCCGGAAGCAGCAGCAGCCGCAGUCCUGACUCCUCUGCCAUCAGCAGCAGCCGCUGCUGCUGCUGCUGACGCUGCAGAGCAGCCAGCAGCCUCCUGCAUAGCUGCAGGGGCCCCAGAAGAAAGCAAGGGCAGGAGCAGCAGCAGCAGCAGCAGCAGCAGCAGCCCAGGUGCUGCUGCAGCAGAUGCUGCUGUGGCCUCCCUGCUGCGCUGCCUAGCUGCAUGCAUUCCCCGCGCAGGGGGCCGGGUGACCCCGCUGCUGAAUAACAGCAGCUUAGAAGACGCAGGCUGGAUUGUGGUUGGGGCCCGCAACAACAGCAGCUUUGAGUUUGCUGCUCAGUCUGCUUCGGCCCGCAGCUUCCUGGCCUUUGCAUGCACAGAGCCGUGGGAGGUGCUGCUGCUGCUGCACGCGGCAGCAGCCACAGCAGCAGCCACUGCGCAGCCGUUGCAGGGGUGCGCGGACCUCUGUUGUCCUGCUGCCCCUGCUGCACCUGCUGCUGCUGCUGCUGCUGCUGCUGCUGCUGCUGCUGCUGCUGCCUCUCCGCCUGUGUCCUGUGCGUCUGCGGCUGCUGAAAAGAGCACAGUAGUGCGGCGGCUGGCGUCGCGGCGCGGGGUUUAUGAGUUGGUGCUGGGUGGGCGAUUUGAGCAGCAGCUGCAGCAGCAGCAGCAGCAGCAGCUGCAGCAGCAGCAGCAGCAGCGGGAGAGCUCAGGCUACGCAGACGCGGAGGAGGUUUGCUUGCCGCUGCCCCUGUGCCUCACUUUGGUGGAAACGGAGCAGCUGCAGAAAGGCAAGGAGUUUCGUGUCUUCGUAGCUGCGGGACUUCCCGUCGGCGUCAGCCAGCUGUGGCUUGCUGAGUGCCUUCCCGAGCUGUGCAGCAGGACCUCAGUGAGGCGGCGAGUGCGACAGGCCGUGUGGCGUUUCGUGGUGAAGUGCUUCGGCCGCCGCCUGCAGCAGCAGCAGCAGCAGCAACAGCAGCAGCUGCUUCCUCCGCUCUUUGCAGCUGAUGUGUACAUACACCCCAACACGGACGGCACUGACACGUGCAGGCUGCUACGCCUGAGCCCUUGGGGCUUUCUGACGGACCCGCUUUUGUUUACUUACGAGGAGCUCCGCACUGCCGUGCUAAAGCGCUGCUGCUCAGCCUCAAGAUUCUGCGAGGCUUGCCGCGGGGCCCCUCCCCAGUACCCCCCAGGGUCUAGCCUCCCCCAGGGGCCCCAGGGGCCCCCAGGGGGGGCCCCCGGGGCCCCCGGGGCCCCCGCAGGCGGGGGCCCCGAGAGGGACUGCGAGUGCUGGAAAGCCUGCACACUUCGAUAUGUCCAAGGGACCGACGAAGAGGUUCAUGACACUCAGCGCGUCCUGGCGAUGCCGCAGGACCUGCUGGAGAUUGCGAAGGGCGGGAGUAGCUGUGAAGUGGAGCAGAUGUUGCUGGACUUGAAGUCAGCGCAUAUAGACACAAUUAAGCAGCAGAGAAAAAGGGAUGAACAGCGCAAAAAGAGAAAAUAA